UGUUUCAAAUUUAAACCAACCAAUCAGAAACAACCACGAAGUGAUGCUGGUGUCUGUUGGGGAAGUUACCGGCUUUGAUACAUAUUUGAGUUAUUUUCACUGAGAAUUAAGUUUCAUAUUUCACAACACUCAUCUAAAAUAAUGAAGAAGCUGCUUGUUUUUCCAGUGCUAACCCUUGUGUUAGCAAGUUCGUUGGCUCUCUACCCCUCAAGCUCAAAUGUGAUUGACUUAACCCCAUCAAAUUUUGAUAAAUUAGUACUUAAAGGAGAUGAAAUUUGGAUUGUUGAAUUUUUUGCACCUUGGUGUGGACAUUGUCAAGCCUUAGUUCCUGAAUAUACGAAAGCUGCAGCCGCUCUUAAGGGCGUAGUUAAAGUGGGAGCAGUAAAUGCAGAUGAACAUAAGGAACUUGGGGGGCGUUAUGGUGUUAGAGGUUUUCCGACAAUCAAAAUUUUUGGGAGUAACAAAAACAAACCAGAGGAUUACAACGGUGCAAGGACGGCACAAGGGUUAGUAGAGGCAGCCUUGCAAGCUGUUAAAUCCAAAGUUAAGGCCAGUCUUGGAGGAGGGUCCUCAGGCUCAGGACAAAGUCAUGAUACCAAAGACGUGAUUGAACUAACUGAUAGUAAUUUUGAUAAACAAGUUUUACAAUCUGAAGACAUGUGGCUUGUUGAAUUUUUCGCCCCUUGGUGUGGACAUUGUAAAAACCUUGCGCCUCAUUGGGCUAAAGCAGCAACAGAAUUAAAAGGAAAAGUUAAACUUGGGGCUCUUGAUGCAACCGUUCACCAAGUUCAAGCUUCCAAAUACGGAGUUCAGGGCUACCCAACUAUAAAAUUCUUCGCACCUGGAAAGAAAACUUCCGAUUCUGUUUCUGAUUAUGAUGGUGGCAGAACGGCAAGUGAUAUUGUUGCCUGGGCCUUGGAAAAGUUGGCAGAGAAUGUGCCAGCUCCUGAUGUUUUACAAAUUAUUGACCAAAAUAUGUUUAAAGAGGCUUGUGACCAAAAAGCUUUGUGCGUUGUGGCCCUUCUUCCACAUAUUUUAGAUUGCCAGUCCGAUUGUAGGAAUAAUUAUAUUAACAUUUUGAAAGAAUUGGGAGAAAAAUAUAAGAAGAAGAUGUGGGGAUGGGUUUGGUCUGAAGCUGGCGCUCAGUUGGAACUUGAAAAUGCUUUGGAUAUUGGAGGAUUUGGAUAUCCAGCAAUGGCUGUUAUUAAUCCAAGGAAAAUGAAAUAUUCAAUUCUUAGGGGUUCAUUUUCACGAGAUGGAAUUAAUGAAUUCUUAAGGGAUCUGUCCUAUGGACGUGGAAAUACGUCUCCAGUAAAAGGUGACCAACUUCCAAAAAUUGUUUCCAUUGAACCAUGGGAUGGCAAAGAUGGUGAACUUCCUCCAGAAGAAGAUAUUGAUCUGUCUGAUGUUGACUUGGACAGCAAAGACGAACUUUAAUAAACCAAAAGACUUACUACUUAAUAAUGUUUUUAUAUUGUUCUUUUGUUUCCAUAAAAACCUCCUAAUGUUGUAUUAAUGUUUGUAUGAUAGUUUUGUUUUAAGUGUUUUCGUGAUAAUUUAAAUAUAUUAUUACUUUUCUUAAUA